AUGACUGUAGUAACGUCAACAGAAAAGAAAAUUUUGGAACUUGACGAUAUUUUAGUUAAGUUUAGUUUGUUCGGAAAGUACUAUGUACAAUCGACAGUGGUAAUCCUUUUGGCCUAUAUGAGUAAUUCUAUUUAUUGCGCUAAUUUUGUUUUCGUCGCUGAAGAGGUUAGUUACAGCCAAAUAAGGAACCUGAACAAUGCAUCACAUAGAUGCACUAAAUGGGUGUACGACAAUCCACACAGCUUAGUCGCUGAGUACGAUUUGGCAUGUCAAGACUGGAAGCGAACUUUAGUGGGAACAGUUCACAGUUUCGGAUACAUGAUCGGGCUACUGAUUAUCGGGCCUUUAUCUGACAGACUAGGAAGAAAGAAGGUGAUAGUGAUAACAGGAGUCGUGGGUGGAGUAUUGGGCAUGGCGCGCAGUUUCUCCCCGUGGUACUGGCUGUUCAUCGCCCUAGAGUUUCUCGAAGCUGCUUUGGGGGAUAUUUGCUCACCUAUCUUUAUGCUAACAAUGGAGAUGGUUGCUAACAACAAGCGUCUGAUAUAUCAAAUGAUAUGCGGCUUUGGAUUCAGCAUUGGAGGAAUUGGACUACCUCUCUUUGCCUGGCUUUUCCCUUACUGGAGACAUCUCUUGAGAGUCCUUUAUACUCCAGCUUUAUUAUUCUUUUUGUACCUGUUACUACUGGACGAAAGUCCCAGAUGGUUGCUUAGUAAAGGCAAGAAAGAUGAAGCUGUACAGAUAAUACAAAAAAUAGCAAAAACAAACAAAGUUAAAAUUGAUAAAGCAGUUUUAGAUAAGCUAUCUUGUGAAGAAAAUAUUAAAGAAGCUACUUUUCCUGAACUGUUGAAAAGUACUUUUACAUCAGUCGCAUUGUUAAGACGGUUCUUCAUUUGCUUGACGUGGUGGACAACGUCAACGUUCGUGAACUACGGAUUGAUGAUCAACUCAGUCUCGUUACAAGGGAACAAAUACCUGAACUUUGCCUUGAUUAAUAUGGUAGACUUUCCUGGCAACCUGAUUACAACUUUUUUGAUGAUUAGAUUUAAGAGAAAGAUACCACUGAUUUUCACAUUUGUCUUUACUGCGAUUUUGUGCUUGUCACAACCUUUUGUUCCAAGAGACCUACCUUGGCUGUCAAUAUUUUUGUACGUGAUGGGCAAGUUCGUGUCCUCGUCGUACUUUGCCAUCACGUACAUCUUCACCUCGGAGUUGUUCCCAACGUACACCAGAAACUCCAUGCACGCGUUAUGCUCUUCACUGGGAAGAAUUGGAUCCAUUCUUGCACCGCAGACACCUCUUUUGAUGCACUACUGGCCCGGUCUUCCGUCUCUAGUGUUCGGAGGGACAUCCCUCCUUGCUGGCAUGGCAACAUUAUUCGUUCCGGAUACAGCAGAUACUUCACUACCAGACAACGUGAAGCAGGCCGAACUGCUUGGCUCUAGGAAUAAGGAGAAAGGAAUAGAAUAAUCUCAGUACAGAGUACUAAAAAACCGACCUCAAAAAUACGUGGAAUUACAUAUAAUUACCAAGUUUUAUAGAAAUCGGUUACCGGACAGUGCGCAACCCCGGAUUCAUCCCCUAGUU